CAUUUAUUAGAUUCCUCUUCUCUCAAUAGCCUCUCCUUCUCUUUUCUAUUGGAUUGUAAUAGACUGAUAGCACAAGGAACCAAACAAAAAAAAAGAGAAAAAAAAGAAAAACAAAUUAUCUCUUAGAAAACUUCUCUUCUUUUGGUUUGAUUUUUAAUUAUCAGGGAACUGUUUUCUUAGUUUUUUUUCAGAUUUGAAUUUUCUCAAAGGAAAUUUCUGGGUUUUUUUUCUUGGCUUCAAUCUCUUCUUGUGCACAAAAAAGAAGAAAAACCUUUACUGGAUUUUUUUCAUUUGCUAGAGAGAAGCCUCUUAAUAGUUUAUACCCCUGUUUUUGUAUAUACCAUUUAUAGCUCAAUAUUAAACAAAAUCUGUAAACUUGAAAUUCUCAUUGUUAAGUCUAUAAAAAUUAGAACUUUUCUCUGAAAACAUAUUUCAGAGAAAAGCAAAAACAAAGAAACAGAGAGAGAAAGAGAGAGAGAGAGAGAUAAUGGGGAAGCAAGGACCUUGCUAUCACUGUGGAGUUACAAGCACACCUCUGUGGCGAAACGGGCCACCGGAGAAGCCAGUUUUGUGCAAUGCAUGUGGAUCGCGUUGGAGAACAAAGGGAACACUUGUGAACUACGCACCACUUCACGCCCGUGCUGAUGGUGAAGAGAACCAAGAUCAUCAGAGGUAUCAAAGAAUGAAGAGCAUCUCUUUAAGUAACAAGAACACAGAAACCAAUAUGCUCAAGAGGAGAGCAAUUCAAGAAAGCCUCCCCAAUAAAAGACAGGUCUUAGAAUUCAAUUAUGGUCUGAAAAAGGCCAUGAUAGAGGAGGAUGCUAGUAACAGAUCAAGCUCUGGUUCGGCUAUAUCAAACACCGAGAGUUGCGCACAGUUUAGCAGUGCAGGAGAUGGGAGUGAGUUAAAUGCUUGGGAGACGACUGUUCCUUGCAAGAGGAGGACGUGUGUGGGACGUCCAAAGACAUCAUCUUCUGUUGAGAAGCUCACGAAGGACCUUUACAAUAUUCUACAAGAGCAGCAGCAAUCGUCAGUUUCAUCAGAGGGAGAAGAUCUUCUUUUUGAGUCAAUGUUCUCUGCUGAGAUUGGACAUGGGAGUGUUCUCAUGAUGGAUCCUCCUCACUCGUUUGCUCGGGAAGAGGAGUCUGAAUCCAGCUCACUCUCAUCCAUCAGUGAUGCAUACUCACAUUCCGUGAAGCGUGCUGAGAUUGGAGCAGUGAGAGGUUCAGAGUUUGUUGGACAAGCAAUAAAGCAAGAGCAGCUCAAGAGGACCAAGUCUCAAACUGGAAGAGUGCAUGUCCUUGGGAGCCAUAGUUCACCACUCUGUAGUAUAGACCUGAAGGAUGUUUUCAACUUUGAUGAGUUCACAGAACAAUUCACAGAGGAAGAACAGAAGAAGCUGAUGAAACUACUUCCUCAGAUUGACUCUGUUAACCUUGCUGAUAGCCUCAGAAUGAUGUUUGAAAGUGCUCAGUUCAAAGAGAACUUCUCUUUGUUUCAGCAACUUAUUGUAGAUGGUGUCUUUGAGAUGCCUUCUUCCUCUGGAGCAAAGCUAGAAGACAUAAGGGCUUUUAAGAAGCUUGCAUUGUCUGAUUUUAACAAAUCUCGUUUGGUGGAAAGCUAUAACCACCUUAAGGAACGUGAAAAAGGGACCGGAGAUUCUGUUACUACAACAACUUCAAGAAGCUCAUUAAACCCAAAUGUACCUAAAACUAUUGUGACCAUUAAGAAGCAUUGUGAAAACCAAACUCAAUUAAAGUCAGAGUCGAGAGGGCUUAUGAGGAGUCCUAAAAGUGUGACGAAGAUGAAAGCAAGCGAUGAAAGCAAAGUUCUGACAGAGAACAACGGUUCUUGCUUCAGCCCAAGAAGUUUAGCUUCUGUGUUUGCGCAAGAGAGUGGUGGUAUUACAUUGUUUGGCAAUGAAAAUAACUGCAGUUCUGAUCAAGAUCUGCUUCUUAUGGACUUGCCAUCAAAUGGGUCGUUUCCUCAAGCGGAGCUGCUUCACCAACUAUGAGGAGACAACAAAGCUUCAAACUUCAUGGUGCUUCUCAGUGGUAGUGGAAGGAUGAGAGACUCUUAGGCUUUGAUUGAGAUUGAUAAAAGAGACUCUUAGGCUUUCUGAGAGAAGGACCAAAGUGACGUUUCUGCUUUAGAAACUGGAAUAUGCAGACAUGAAAGUAACUUAUUUUUUUAUUUGAGUCUUGGCCUUCUCUUUGGUGGUUAAGGUGGGUCUUACAUAUAUAUAUAUACAUACUAUUAUAAGGUGGGUCUUAUAAAUACAUAAAUAUACAUAAUGAACCUUUCUCUUUCAA